CCGAUGCAAAUACCCUUUUGCAUCGGUUCUUAAGAAAAACUAAUUUAAAAUGUUAUGUUAUAAUCAGCCUCUAAAUUCUUAUCCUUACGCGAUUUUGAAAAAAAAGCCCCAAACGCUUCGCCGUGUCACUCCUCCUCGACGCUAGUCUUCACUAACGUUACCUCGCCGAUUUCCUCCCUUCGCCGAUGCAUCUCGCUGAAUUCCUCCCUUCGCCGACGCCACCCAUCGCUGUGCCUUCCCUCACCAACCCCUCUCUUCGCCGUGCCUCGUCCCAACACCAACCCUUCGUCGCCAACUCUUCGCCGUGGCCUUCGCCGUCUUCCUCCCUUCGCCAACCCUUCGUUGUCUUCCUCCCUUUGCCGACGCAUCCCUUCGCCGUCUUUGAGCUUGAGGUCGCUGGAGUUGAGAGUAAUCGUCACCAGAAGUUUUGCCAGAAAAUUUCCAAAACCUCCAUUUAAGCCCAAGGGUUUAGAGUUAGGGUUGGUCUUAACAUGAGCUAAUAUGAAUGGGAAAAUAGGGAAGAACCGUUGGUGGACCUCUUCUUCAGCCUAACCCUGAGUUUAAUUGGCAGUUUAAUUUCAGAAUCAAGACAUGAUAAAUUAGUGAAUCAGAUUUGUUCAGUUUAUUUUUAUUAAAAACUAUAAGUAUUUUCAAAAUGGUUUAAGUUAAUUAUUACUGUCUACGUUUUUAUAAAGUUUAUGGUGAUUGUUUUUGUGUGUUUGUUUUCUCCUUGAGUGUUCUUCU